GUGAUGGAGCUAUAUUACGCAGAAACUGUUCAGUUGGAGAAGGACUACCUUCUCGGAGCUUUAGCAUGUCACAAAGACAUCACAGCCUUGAAAGGACUUCUUCUGCUGGCUCUGGAUCGUAAUUCGUCGUUUGUUCGCCUUCAAGAUAUGGCCAACGUUUUCCUCGUGGUAUCCAAAAAUCCCGUAGGCGCCGAAUUCAUGUUCAAUUUCCUCCUCGAGCGGUGGGAGGAGCAUUCUGAGAGAAGAUAUGAGUUCAUUAGCAGAAAGGAAUUUAUUAGUACAAAAGAAUACACAUAG